UCCACCUUACUUCCGGACCGUGCGUUUCACAUACAGGAAGUGAGUUUAAAUUGACUGCUGCAGCCUCCCAGUGUCCGUGGAGAUCAGGAUUACACAGUAGUGAAGAAGACAUCCAGUGAGUGUGAGAUACUCAACAGCCAUCCCCGUGUGUCAGGUGGACUGAGUAGAACCCAAAGCCCAAUCACGGUGCCUACACCUCACUCACUGAUACAUGAGAGACACAAUGACCAGAAGAUCCUGGAACUCACCAACAAGAUCAUUCAGUUGCUGACUGGAGAGGAGGGGGAGUAUAUAGAGGAACACAGGGGUCUGUACAAGGACUUGAUGAUGGAGAAUCACCGGCCCCUCACAUCACUGGAAGGACCCAGUAACAGAGAUACCCCAGAGAGAUGUCCCCGUCCUCUGUAUUCCCAGGAUUGUACAGAGGAGAAUCACAGGAUCCCACAGGAGGAUCAGGAUGAAGCCCAAUUAAAUAAUAUUAAUAUCAAAGAUACAGAGGGAGAAAAAGAGACAUAUGUGACUGAUACAAAGGCAGAAGAUAUAGAGGGAGAAGAAGAGACAUAUGUGACUGAUAUGAAGGCAGAAGAUACAGAGGGAGAAGAAGAGACGUAUGUGACUGAUAUAAAGGCAGAAGAUAUAGAUGGAGAAGAAGAGACGUAUGUGACUGAUAUGAAGGCAGAAGAUACAGAGGGAGAAGAAGAGACGUAUGUGACUGAUAUAAAGGCAGAAGAUAUAGAUGGAGAAGAAGAGACGUAUGUGACUGAUAUAAAGGCAGAAGAUAUAGAGGGAGAAGAAGAGACGUAUGUGACUGAUAUAAAGGCAGAAGAUAUAGAUGGAGAAGAAGAGACGUAUGUGACUGAUAUAAAGGCAGAAGAUAUAGAGGGAGAAGAAGAGACGUAUGUGACUGAUAUAAAGGCAGAAGAUAUAGAUGGAGAAGAAGAGAGGUAUGUGACUGAUAUGAAGGCAGAAGAUACAGAGGGAGAAGAAGAGACGUAUGUGACUGAUAUAAAGGCAGAAGAUAUAGAAGGAGAAGAAGAGACGUAUGUGACUGAUAUAAAGGCAGAAGAUACAGAGGGAGAAGAAGAGACGUAUGUGACUGAUAUAAAGGCAGAAGAUAUAGAGGGAGAAGAAGAGACGUAUGUGACUGAUAUAAAGGCAGAAGAUACAGAGGGAGAAGAAGAGACGUAUGUGACUGAUAUAACGGCAGAAGAUACAGAGGGAGAAGAGGAGACGUAUGUUACUGAUAUAAAGGUAGAAGAUACAGAGGGAGAAGAAGAGACGUAUGUGAGGGGUGAUCAGCAGUCUAAGGAGGAGGAAAUCCCUACAGAUAUCAGCACAGCAGGUGGACACACAAGCAGGAAUAUCUCAGAAGGACAUCUAAUGUUAUCCCCGGAUUGUGACAUAAAAGAUAAUGACAGUAGACAGGAUUCUCCAGGAGAUAACCCCAUUACCCCAAUUAUACAUCCAGCUCUAUCAGCUGAUCCCUCUGAUCCUGGGAAAUGUUCUCCUGAUCACCCUGAUAUUGGUGCAUCUGUUACAGCUCUGACAGUAGAUACAGAGUUUCUGUGUUCUGUAGAUGCCAAAUGUUUUACACAGAACACAAAGCCUAUUAACCCACACACAGGUAAGGUAGGUGAAAGGCCACUGAUAUGUUCUGAGUGUGGGAAAUGUUUUACAUACAAAUCACAUCUUGUUACACAUCAGAGAAGGCACACAGGUGAGAGGCCAUUUUCUUGCUCUGAGCGUUGGAAAUGUUUUGCACAGAAAUCACAUCUUAUUAAUCAUGAGAGAAGUCACACAGGUGAGAAGCCAUUUUCUUGCUCUGAGUGUGGGAAAUGUUUUGCACAGAAAUCACAUCUUAUUAAUCAUGAGAGAAGUCACACAGGUGAGAGGCCAUUUUCUUGCUCUGAGUGUGGGAAAUGUUUUGCAUGGAAAUCACAUCUUGUUAUACAUCAGACAAGUCACACAGGCGAGAGGCCAUUUUCUUGCUCUGAGUGUGGGAAAUGUUUUGCACGGAAAUCACAUCUUGUUAUACAUCAGAAAAGUCACACAGGCGAGAGGGCAUUUUCUUGCUCUGAGUGUGGGAAAUGUUUUGCACAGAAAUCACAUCUUAUUAAUCAUGAGAGAAGUCACACAGGUGAGAAGCCAUUUUCUUGCUCUGAGUGUGGGAAAUGUUUUGCACUCAAAUCAGAUCUUGUUAGACAUCAGAGAAGUCACACAGGUGAGAAGCCGUUUUCUUGCUCUGAGUGUGGGAAAUGUUUUGCACUCAAAUCAGAACUUGUUAGACAUCAGAGAAGUCACACAGGUGAGAAGCCAUUUUCUUGCUCUGAGUGUGGGAAAUGUUUUGCACAGAAAUCACAUCUUAUUAAUCAUGAGAGAAGUCACACAGGUGAGAAGCCAUUUUCUUGCUCUGAGUGUGGGAAAUGUUUUGCACUCAAAUCAGAUCUUGUUAGACAUCAGAGAAGUCACACAGGUGAGAAGCCAUUUUCUUGCUCGGAGUGUGGGAAAUGUUUUGCACAGAAAUCACAUCUUAUUAAUCAUGAGAGAAGUCACACAGGUGAGAAGCCAUUUUCUUGCUCGGAGUGUGGGAAAUGUUUUGCACAGAAAUCACAUCUUAUUAAUCAUGAGAGAAGUCACACAGGUGAGAGGCCAUUUUCUUGCUCUGAGUGUGGGAAAUGUUUUGCACUCAAAUCAGAUCUUGUUAGACAUCAGAGAAGUCACACAGGUGAGAAGCCAUUUUUUUGCUCUGAGUGUGGGAAAUGUUUUGCACUCAAAUCAGAACUUGUUAGACAUCAGAGAAGUCACACAGGUGAGAAGCCAUUUUCUUGCUCGGAGUGUGGGAAAUGUUUUGCACAGAAAUCACAUCUUAUUAAUCAUGAGAGAAGUCACACAGGUGAGAGUCCAUUUUCUUGCUCUGAGUGUGGGAAAUGUUUUGCACUCAAAUCAAAUCUUCUUAUACAUCUCAGAAGUCACACAGGUAAGAAUCCAUUUUCUUGCUCUGAGUGUGGGAAAUGUUGUCUAACAAGAUGUGAUUUACUUACACAUCACAGAAGUCACACAGGUGAGAAGCCAUUUCUAUACUCUGAGCUUCCUGCUCCUAAUAAAUAUGCUGGCAACCCCAAGCUCUGUAGAGGAUUUCUCAUUCAAUGUGAUAUCCAAUUUGAACUACAACCACAGAAUUUCCCUUCUGCUAGGACCAAGAUAGCUUACAUUGUCUCUCUGCUAACUGGUUCAGCUUUAAGUUGGGUAUCACCACUGUGGGAAAGGUCUGACCCUUUACUCACUGAUUACGUCAAAUUUGUUUCCGCAUUCAGACGCAUAUUCGACGAGCCAGGUCGAGCAGCGUCCACCUCUACAGAGAUACUCCGUAUUAAACAAGGCUCCCGUCCCAUGGGACAAUUUGUAGUCCAAUUCCUGACCUUGGCUUCCGAAUUAAAGUGGAACAAUGAAGCACUAACUGCUGCUUUCUGGCUAGGAGUUUCGGAGCGCAUUAAGGACGAGUUGGCUACCCGUGAUCUUCCAGUUCAGUUAGAAGAUUUAAUCUCCCUGUGUGUCAAAAUAGACCUACGUCUCAGAGAGAGAGGUCUAGAGCGGCAGGAAAAAGUUUUCUCCAGAGUUUCUUCCACGCCUCUGCAUCGUCCAGUGACUGCUAGUACAGAAGAACCUAAGCAAGCAGGUAGAUCUAGGCUCUCACUGGAGGAACGAUCUAGGAGGCAAAAAGAGAAAUUGUGUUUGUAUUGUGCCGCUUCCGGUCACUUUAUCAGGUUCUGUCCUGAGCGUCCGGGAAAACACCAAGCCCUAACCUGCAAUGGGGGAGUCAGGUUAGGCUGUUUAAUAAAGUCUCCUCCUUCUCCUGACUUAGUACUUCCAGUUACCCUUGUGACUCCAGCAGGUUCCUAUCACGUCUCUGCCCUGGCGGACUCUGGGGCAGCAGGGAACUUCAUUACCUCAGACCUUGUCAAAAAAGGUAAUAUUUCAGUCUCGUCAUUGUCUCCGCACCUCUAUCUGACUGCAGUCGAUGGUAAUAAAAUUCUUGGCAGUGAUAUCACACAUCAGACAGCUUCUGUUACCAUCCAAGUGGGGGUUCUUCAUCAGGAACGUAUUGAGUUUCUCAUCAUUCCUAAAUCUUCAUACGACAUUGUGCUAGGGUUGCCGUGGUUACGACUCCACAAUCCUCGCAUCAAUUGGGCCUCACUUCAGAUAGAGGAAUGGAGUGAUUAUUGCCAGAAGCAUUGCACCAGUGAAGUAACUCCUAUCCGGUCUACUAAGAUUAAGCCCUUGCCUGGUCUACCCACAGCAUAUGAAGAAUUUUGUGAUGUAUUCAGUGAACAGGCUGCCGAUGUGUUACCUCCUCAUCGUAAAUGGGAUUGCCCCAUUGACCUUCUUCCCGGAAAGUCCCCUCCUAAGGGGCGCACAUACCCACUCUCUGUACCCGAGACUAAAGCAAUGUCUGAUUACAUUCAGGAAAAUCUGCAAAAAGGUUUCAUCCGCCCUUCCUCCUCUCCCGCUGGAGCAGGUUUCUUCUUUGUAAAAAAGAAAGAUGGAGGCCUGCGUCCCUGCAUUGAUUACAGAGGCUUAAAUAACAUAACAGUCAAAAACAGUUAUCCUCUUCCUCUCAUAACUGAGCUGUUCGAUCGUAUGGACCCCGAAAAACUUGAGGCCAUCAACGGUUGGUCCCAACCAACUACAUUAAAGGCUGUCCAGCGCUUCAUUGGCUUUGCCAAUUAUUACAGAAAAUUUAUCAGGGGAUUCUCCACGCUCAUCUCUCCAAUUACAGCCCUGACCAAAAAAGGAGCAAAUCCCUCCGCCUGGUCUGAAGAGGCCUUGUCCUCAUUCCAUCUGCUAAAACAAGCCUUCAUCUCGGCACCUAUUCUCCAGCAACCAGACCCUGAUAAGCCCUUUUCCCUUGAGGUUGAUGCCUCUAAUGUGGGCUCCCAGAAUGUAAAGGCGGAUGCGUUAUCACGGUCCAUGGAGGAAGAUGUUCAGCCUCAUGACCAGCAUCCCAUCAUCAGUCCCACUGCCUUUGCCACCACUCACGUGUCUCCUGUGCCACCUCCAGGGAAAAUGUACCAUACGGCUACGGGUUAUUCACCAUUCUAUAUUGUGUACGGUCAACAUCCACGUCCACCUAACUUCGAGGCGCUACCAGCUUUAGAAGUGCCAGCUGCAUCUUCUACACUCAAGCACUUCUCUCUAGUUUGGAAAAAUGUCCAUGUCUCGCUCAAGAAAGCUUCCAAGCGAUAUAAAAUCUUUGCUGAUCGCAAACGCCGAGCUGUUCCUCUGCUGAAACCAGGAGACAAAGUUUGGCUCUCCACUCGGAAUCUACGGUUAAGGGUUCCUUCCAUGAAGUUUGCCCCUCGAUUCAUAGGCCCAUACUCCGUGGAACAAAUGAUCAAUCCUGUGGCAUACAAGUUAAAACUACCAGCUUACCUGAGAAUACCUAAUUCUUUCCACAUCUCUUUGCUGCGGCCUCUCAUUCUUAACCGCUUCCAAAAAUCGUCCCCUGCGUCCCCCAGAGUCUACACCCGUCGAGGAAUUGAGUUCGAGAAGUCUAACCCUCGGCCGCCUAAGACCAAGAGGUCAUCCAAGCGGGUCAUUACUUCCUCACAAUCCACUGCUGUCCCUGACAGCUCGUCUGAUGAAGAUAGCGUUUAUACUGAUCCCACAGAUACCGAUCUGGAUGCUCCUGAUGGGGAUGGUGUUUCACAAGUGGAUGUUCCUGAUUUAUUGGAGGCUAUCAAGAUCAUUCUUCAAAUUACGGAUGACCCGGAGCCGUCCGUUCCUCCUAAGAAACCGGACAGGUUUAAGCGUCAGAAGGUGGCUAAACAAGUUUUACCUCCUUCUGAUCAUCUUGUUGAUAAACAUCAGGAAUCCUGGGAAAAUCCAGGAAAGACGUUCAAGCCUCACAAGAAGCUGCUUGCUCACUAUCCCCUCACGCCGGAGCUGAAGGAACUGGCGGGAACAAGUACACCAACCGGUAAAUCCACUGUGUCGCCAAAGCGUCCACUGCAGUGUCCUGUGGAUCCCUCGUCCCAGAACAGUAACGCAGAAGCUUCUUGGUUAGCUGAGAAACCAACAAGUCAAUUUGGCGGUAGCCCCACUGAUGAAAUAUCUGCUGAAACAUUUGCCGGUGAGAGCCCGACCACUGGUCCAGGAGAUCCAGUUGAAAGGGUCUUGCAUGAAAUCUCCCGUUAUGCAGGAGGAGGCAACAAUCUUUCCCAGAAGGUGGAUGCAUUGAUGAACCGAUACCCGGGUAGGCUUCAAGACAUCCCAGACCAUAGAUUGUAUCACCAACACGUUCUCCUCUGGGAGAAACACCCUUUUCACUUCCGUGUCGAGGAUCAGCCCCAGGAAAGACAGCCUCGUUGUCGGUUCCAGAUGAGAUUUGGGAAGGUUGAGGAUCCAACUGUACUCCCUGAGCAGCUGCAUCGUGAGAGCAAUGGACCUCAACAACCUCUCCCUGGAGGACACCUUGAUCAGGAGAUCGUCAAGAUAUGGAAUUAUGUUCACCCCCUGCUUGCGGAGGAGAACCAUCAUCACCUUGGUGAAGACCCUCUGUGCUGUGGUGAGACCGAACAGCAGUGCUUGAAACUGGAGUAUAUAGAGGAACACAGGGGUCUGUACAAGGACGUGAUGAUGGAGAAUCACCGGCCCCUCACAUCACUGGAUGGGCCCGGUAACAGAGAUACCCCAGAGAGAUGUCCCCGUCCUCUGUAUUCCCAGGAUUGUACAGAGGAGAAUCACAGGAUCCCACAGGACGAUCAGGUAGAACGUCUGUCUGAUAUUAAGGCAGAAGAUAUAGAGGAAGAAGAAGAGACGUAUGUGAUGGAUAUAAAGGCAGAAGAUAUAGAGGGAGAAGAAGAGACGUAUGUGACUACUAUAAAGGCAGAAGAUAUAGAGGGAGAAGAAGAGACGUAUGUGACUGAUAUGAAGGCAGAAGAUAUAGAGGGAGAAGAAGAGACGUAUGUGACUGAUAUAAAGGCAGAAGAUAUAGAGGGAGAAGAAGAGACGUAUGUGGCUGAUAUGAAGGCAGAAGAUAUAGAGGGAGAAGAAGAGACGUAUGUGACUGAUAUAAAGGCAGAAGAUAUAGAGGGAGAAGAAGAGACGUAUGUGAGGGGUGAUCAGCAGUGUAAGGAGGAGGAGAUCCCUACAGAUAUCAGCACAGCAGAUGGACACACAAGCAGGAAUAUCUCAGAAGGAUAUCUAAUGUUAUCCCCGGAUUGCGAAAUAAGAGAUAAUGACAGUAGACAGGAUUCUCCAGGAGAUAACCCCAUUACCCCAAUUAUACAUCUAGCUCUAUCAGCUGGUCCCCCUGAUCCUAGGAAAUGUUCUCCUGAUCACUCUGAUAUUGGUGCAUCUGUUACAGCUCUGAGAGUAGAUACAGAGUUUCCAUGUGCUAUAGAUGCCAAAUGUGUUACACAGAAUACAAAGCCUAUUAACCCACACACAGGUAAGGCAGGUGGAAGGCCACUGAUAUGUUCAGAGUGUGGGAAAUGUUUUACAAAGAAAUCAUAUCUUGUUAUACAUCAGAGAAGUCACACAGGUGAGAAACCAUUUCCAUGUUCUGAGUGUGGGAAAUGUUUUGCAUACAAAUCAUAUCUUGUUAGACAUCAGAGAAGUCACACAGCUGAGAGGCCAUUUCCAUGUUCUGAGUGUGGGAAAUGUUUUGCAUACAAAUCACAUCUUGUUAAACAUCAGCAAAGUCACACAGGUGAGAAGCCAUUUCCAUGUUCUGAGUGUGGGAAAUAUUUUGCACACAAAUCAGAUCUUGUUAUACAUCAAAGAAGUCACACAGGUGAGAGGCCAUUUUCUUGCUCUGAGUGUGGGAAAUGUUUUACAAAGAAAUCAUAUCUUGUUAUACAUCAGAGAAGUCACACAGGUGAGAAGCCAUUUCCAUGUUCUGAGUGUGGGAAAUGUUUUGCAUACAAAUCAUAUCUUGUUAGACAUCAGAGAAGCCACACAGCUGAGUGGCCAUUUCCAUGUUCUGAGUGUGGGAAAUGUUUUGCAUACAAAUCACAUCUUGUUAAACAUCAGCAAAGUCACACAGGUGAGAAGCCAUUUCCAUGUUCUGAGUGUGGGAAAUGUUUUGCACACAAAUCAGAUCUUGUUAUACAUCAAAGAAGUCACACAGGUGAGAGGCCAUUUUCUUGCUCUGAGUGUGGAAAAUGUUUUAUCCAGAAAUUACAUCUUGUUAUACAUCAAAGAAGUCACACAGGUGAGAAGCCAUUUCCAUGUUCUGAGUGUGGGAAAUGUUUUGCAUACAAAUCACAUCUUGUUAUACAUCAGAGACGUCACACAGGUGAGACGCCAUUUCCAUGUCCUGAGUGUGGGAAAUGUUUUGUACAUAAAUCAGAUCUUAUUAUACAUCAGCGAAGUCACACAGGUGAGAAGCCAUUUCCAUGUACUGAGUGUGGGAAAUGUUUUGCACACAAAUCAGAUCUCGUUAGACAUAACAGACAUCACACAGGUGAGAAGCCAUUUUCUUGCUCGGAGUGUGGGAAAUGUUUCGCACUCAAAUCAGAUCUCGUUUUACAUCAGAGACAUCACACAGGGGAGAAGCCAUUUCCAUGUUCUAAGUGUGGGAAAUGUUUCGCAAACAGAUCAGAUCUUAUUAAACAUCAGAGACGUCACACAGGUGAGAAGCCAUUUCCAUGUUCUGAGUGUGGGAAAUGUUUCGCACACAGAUCAGAUCUUAUUAAACAUCAGAGAUGUCACACAGGUGAGAAGCCAUUUCCAUGUUCUGAGUGUGGGAAAUGUUUUGCACGCAAAUCAUAUCUUGUUAUACAUCAGAGACGUCACACAGGUGAGAAGCCAUUUCCAUGUCCUGAGUGUGGGAAAUGUUUUGUACACAAAUCAGAUCUUGUUAUGCAUCAGAGAAGUCACACAGGUGAGAAGCCAUUUCCAUGUUCUGAGUGUGGGAAAUGUUUCGCACACAGAUCAGAUCUUAUUAAACAUCAGAGAUGUCACACAGGUGAGAAGCCAUUUCCAUGUUCUGAGUGUGGGAAAUGUUUUGCAUACAAAUCACAUCUUGUUAUACAUCAGAGACGUCACACAGGUGAGACGCCAUUUCCAUGUCCUGAGUGUGGGAAAUGUUUUGUACAUAAAUCAGAUCUUAUUAUACAUCAGCGAAGUCACACAGGUGAGAAGCCAUUUCCAUGUACUGAGUGUGGGAAAUGUUUUGCACACAAAUCAGAUCUUGUUAAACAUCAGAGACGUCACACAGGUGAGAAGCCAUUUUCUUACUCUGAGUGUGGGAAAUGUUGUUUAACCACUUAACUAUUUAUUUAGUAAAAAAACGCUCCGAAAUUGUCUUUUUUUUUUAAUGAGUGAAUUAGGUGAAGAACAUGAA